AUGCUUCUCAAGGCCAUCGCUAGACCCGCUGCUUUCAACAACGUUAAGCAGGUUGCUACCCGUUCAUUCGCUUCUCAAACUAGCACCACCAUCCCUACCCCUGCUCCUGCUGAGCAAAAGACCAUCUUCCCUAAGAAGUAUGGAGGCAAAUUCACUGUUACCAUGAUCCCUGGUGAUGGUAUCGGUCAAGAAAUUGCCAUGUCCGUCAAGGAUGUCUUCAAGGCCGCCAAUGUUCCUGUUGAAUUUGAGCAAUACGAUGUCUCUGGUUUGACCUCUGAGGAUGACAAGCUCUACCAAGAAUCCAUCGAGUCUCUCCGUCGUAACAAGGUUGGUAUCAAGGGUACUCUUUUCACUCCUACCUCCAAGCUCGGUCACAAGUCCUUCAACGUUACCAUGCGUAAGGAACUCGAUAUGUAUGCCUCUCUUUCUCUCUGCAAGAACGUCCCCGGUGUUGAAUCUCGUUUGAGCAACGUUGACAUUGCCAUUAUCCGUGAAAACACUGAAGGUGAAUACUCUGGUUUGGAACAUCAAUCUGUCCCUGGUGUUGUUGAAUCUCUCAAGAUCAUUACCCGUGCAAAGACUGAGCGUAUUGCUCGUUUCGCUUUUGACUUUGCCGUCAAGAACAACCGUAAGAAGGUCACAAUUAUUCACAAGGCCAAUAUCAUGAAAUUGGCUGAUGGUCUCUUCUUGCGUACCUGUCGUGAUGUCGCCAAGGAGUAUGCUCACCACAACAUUGAAGUCAAUGACAUGAUUGUCGAUAACACUGCUAUGCAACUCGUCUCUCGUCCUCAACAAUUCGAUGUUAUGGUCAUGCCCAACUUGUACGGUAACAUUGUCUCCAAUGUCGGUGCUGGUUUGAUCGGUGGUCCUGGUUUGAUCCCUGGUUGUAACAUUGGCCGCGAGUUUGCCAUGUUCGAGCCUGGUUGUCGUCAUGUUGCUCUUGAUAUCCAAAACCAAAACAGUGCUAACCCCACUGCCAUGCUCCUCUCUUCCGUCAUGAUGUUGAGACACUUGAACUUGGAUGAACAUGCCAACAGAAUCUCCUCCGCUGUUUAUGAGACAAUCAACACUGGUAAGGCCAGAACUGUUGAUAUUGGCGGUACCAGCACAACCAAGGAGUUCACCUCUGCCGUUAUCGCUCAAUUGUAA